UGGAUCGCCUCUCUGUAUCGUUUAGUGAUGCCUACUUUUAGAAUUUCGCGCGAAAACAGACGCAUUUCCUUCGCGCCGGUGGUGGUACAGAGAUCUUUCUAGCGUGUGAGGAGUCAUAAUAACGCCAUGGGAAUACACGGGCUUGCAAAGUUGAUUGCGGACCAUGCCGCUGGAGCCAUCAAAGAACAAGAAAUCAAAAGCUUCUUUGGGCGAAAGAUUGCUAUUGAUGCAUCAAUGUGCAUCUACCAGUUUCUUAUCGCGGUCAGACAAGACGGCAAUGUUCUACAGAACGAUGAUGGGGAGACCACAAGCCAUCUCGUGGGCCUAUUCUAUCGGACCAUCCGCAUGCUGGAUAAUGGAAUUAAACCUGUCUACGUGUUUGAUGGCAAACCCCCACAGAUGAAAUCUGGCGAGCUGGAGAAGAGAACGGAGAGGAGGGCAGAGGCUGAGAAACAACUUGCCCAGGCCCAGGAGGCUGGUGAGCAGGAGAACAUCGACAAGUUCACCAAGCGUCUUGUGAAAGUCACAAAGCAGCACAACGAUGAAUGCAAGAAGCUGCUCACGCUAAUGGGAGUCCCGUAUGUUGAGGCUCCCUGUGAGGCGGAGGCCAGCUGCGCUGCUCUGGUGAAGGCUGGAAAAGUGUUUGCCACGGCAACGGAGGAUAUGGACGGAUUGACAUUUGGAACCAACGUCUUGCUGAGGCAUCUCACAGCCAGCGAAGCAAAGAAACUACCCAUUCAGGAAUAUCAUUUCAGUCGCAUUCUACAAGAGAUGGGGCUUUCACAUGAACAGUUCAUAGACUUGUGUAUCUUACUGGGCUGCGACUACUGUGGGACCAUCAAGGGGGUUGGACCUAAGAGGGCAAUUGACCUGAUCAAACAACAUGGCAGUAUUGAGGAGAUUCUGGAUAAUAUUGACCUCAAGAAAUACCCGCCACCCGAAGACUGGCUGUACAAGGAGGCCCGUGGGCUCUUUCUGAAACCGGAAGUGGUGGACUCUUCCACCGUGGACCUCAAGUGGAGCGAGCCAGACGAGGAAGCACUCAUCAAGUUCAUGUGUGAGGAGAAACAGUUCAGUGAGGACCGCAUACGUAACGGCUGCAAGAAGAUCAUGAAGAGUCGUCAGGGGAGCACUCAGGGACGUCUGGACACUUUCUUCACCGUGACCGGCUCGCUGUCCUCCAAACGCAAGGAGCCACAACUGAAUGGCUCGGCCAAGAAGAAGCAGAAGACUGGAGCAACGCCUGGUAAAUUUAAGAAGGGCAAAUAAAAGGAUCAAGGAGGACAAAUCGUUGGAGUACAUUCUUCUAUUCUAUUUCUUCAUUCCGUUUCACUCUUUCUUUCUGAUACAAAGCAAUACUGGCUGCAAUAUCCUUUUAAUGAACUUGUGUAGAUAAAUGUUUUAAUAAAUAGUUUUGUGUGCGUACCUUGAAUAAAGUUUGAGUGUGUAUUUACUUGUAGGUUCUAUUCAUUUUA